AUGGCAGCUCGUACUUUCAAUGCACUCACGCUUGCAUCGAAAGCGUGCAUUGAAGAUCUGAUGAUGCAAGCUAGAAAGAUCAAGGACGACGUCAUCGAACGGAACGAGAUGAGAAGGCACCGCCCGUUGCAUGCCACUUUCGAAACUGGAGAAGAACUAUUCCUUGGAGCAUGCAACUGCAGAGGCGUCGGCAGUGUAGGUGUCCUCAACAACACGCACUCGGUCAUGAACAUCGAUUCGUAG